AUGAGCUAUGGAUCUCCAUACAAGGACCUCGAGGUUUGCUCUGCGCCCGGGGACACAACUCGCGAGUGGCGGGGUAGCAGAGCUCCCAAGGCCCACGACGACUACGACGUUGCGUGGAUCUGCGCGCUUUACUUGGAGAUGGCAGCUGCUCAGGCCAUGCUAGACGUGACGCAUGAUGACCUGUCCAUGCACCCGAGCGACAGUAACUGCUAUACCCUCGGGAGCAUCGAAAGCCAUAACGUGGUCAGUGCUUGCCUCCCUGACGGGCAGUACGGUACCAACAAUGCAGCCAACGUGGCCGCCAACUUGCUGAGGACGUUUCCGUCUGUUCGCGUUGGUCUGAUGGUUGGCAUCGGGGGUGGCGUACCUACAAAGGCGGAUAUUCGUCUCGGUGAUGUUGUUGUCGGAUCGAGAGUGAUGCAGUAUGAUAUGGGCAAGAUCACGGACGGAGGCAUCCAAAGAACUGCUGUUCCAAGACUGAUUCCGCGCUCGAUUGGCACUAUCGUCUCCAAAUUGCGGGCGGCCCACGAGAACCUUCCCAGCAGAAUUCCAGAAAUCAUGCGAGAGAAGCUGAGGCGCAGGCCAGACUACUGGCAUCCAAGAGUGCCUGAUCGUCUCUUUGAGUCAACGUACACGCAUAGACAAAUGGUCACAGACGGUCAACACCCGAUUGACGUUCAAAUUCGCACAUGUGACGAGUGUGACGAGUCCAGACUACAGCCACGAUACGAACGGCCGACAGAAGAGCCUCACAUUCAUUACGGCGCAAUUGCAUCUGGAAACCAAGUUGUGAAAGACGCCUCUAUCAGAGAUCAGAUUGCUCGAGAUCUAGAUGUUAUAUGUUUCGAGAUGGAGGCUGCUGGCCUCAUGGACACCCUACCAUGUCUCAUAAUUCGAGGUAUAUGCGAUUACUCUGACUCCCACAAGAGCAAGGAAUGGCAAAGGUAUGCAGCAGCCACUGCAGCAGCGUAUGCCCGGGAACUUCUUGAAAUGUCACCCGUGAACCAACAGACUGUGAAUGUUAAAGUUGACUAUCCUCGGUCUCGUACCAAUCGAAAACGGUUACUCGAAUCCCUUCACUUUGAUCAGAUGGACUCUCGAAGAGAGACUAUACGAAACGCUUAUGGUUCAACUUGCCGCUGGUUUCUCAAUCACCCUAGCUAUCUCGCUUGGUUAGACCCGAAGCAGCUUCCAAAUCAUAAUGGGUUCUUGUGGGUCAGUGGAAAGCCUGGGGCCGGCAAAUCUACCAUCAUGAAGUUCACCUUCUCGCACAUGGUAGAGGAGAAUCAUCGCAAGAUAAAACCCCAUUAUCAUCCGGAUAGCUGUUUUGCAUCCUUUUUCUUCAACACCCGCGGCGACCGUUUGGAGAGGACCACCAUGGGAAUGUACCGAUCAUUGCUUAUACAGCUUCUCGAGCGGUACGAGGACCUCCAAGCUAUACUAGACAACUACCAGCUCGGUACAAAGAAACAUGAUGGUUGGUUUACCCUCGAUACUCUCAAAAUCAUAUUCCAGGAUGCAGUUAUGGGUCUCGGGAAAAGAGAGUUUACAUGCUUUAUCGAUGCUCUUGAUGAAUGCGAUGAGCAGCAGGCUAUCGACAUGAUUCAAUAUUUCGAAGACCUUACGGAAGAGUCCAUGAAGAAGGAUAUCCUGUUCCGUGUCUGCUUUUCAAGUCGUCAUUAUCCCUAUAUUGACAUCCAGGGGAGUAUUCGCUUGAAAUUAGAGGAUCAGCCAGGCCACGAUGAUGACCUCCAAAUGUAUGUCAAGCGUCGCCUAAAAGUCAGAGGCGCCUCAAUGCUCGAAGAGCUCUACCCAUUAAUUCUUGAGAAAGCUGCGGGAGUCUUCUUGUGGGUUGUUCUAGUUAUCAGCAUGCUUAACAAGGAAGAUCGCUAUGGCAGACCUGCCUUGAAGAAGAGGAUCACGGAUCUACCUAACGAUCUGAGUGAACUGUUUAAAAAUAUGAUCACAAGAGACCUUGAGAAUAUGGAAGAGCUUCAACUAUCUGUGCUUUGGGUACUCUAUGCAAAACGACCGCUGGAGCCGGACGAGUAUUAUCACGCCCUGUGGGCAGGAUUAUAUCCAAAAGGGCUGAUGGAUCCCGAAGUUCCUACAACGUCCACUGUAUCAGUGGAUUCUGAGGCAACAAUUGAAAGAUACGUUAUCAGCUCGUCGAAAGGCCUAGCUGAGCUUACGAAAUCUGGUCACCCCACCGUGCAAUUCAUCCAUGAGUCAGUCCGGGAUUUCCUUCUCAAAGACGGAGGGCUUCGUCAAUUGUGGCCCGGUCUGAAUGUCGAGUCGGAGAGUCUAGGCCAUGAAAGGCUCAAAACAUGCUGCGACACAUACAUCACCCAUCCCGCCGUGCGGGAGGCUGUACAUGAGGUCCCGUGGAAAGGCAACGCGCUGGAGAGUUUCGCGUUUCUAAGCUAUGCUAGCCGACACAUCAUGCACCACGCCAAUAUUGCCUCUAAGUCCAUAGCACAAGACGACUUUCUCACCCGCUUUUGCAAUGAGAGCUGGCCAGCCAUCCCAAAGGCCUUUAAUGAAUGGGCCUAUGAUCAUAAUACGAGCGUCUUGCGCUUUCUUGCGGAGAAAGGAUAUACUGGCCUCAUCCGGGCGGCUCUAAGAUCUAAACCAGAGAUAAGCCCCUUAGCAGAAAAGCACGGUUAUCCGCUCCUCGCUGCCAUAGCCAACCACCACAUAGAAGCUGCUGCUGCUCUGCUUAGCUCAGAUGUUUCCAUAUUCAGCGGAGUUAAGUAUGAGCGAAGCGCGAAGGAUAUCCUCCUAGGGAGUAAUCAAUCACGAACACCUCUUACUUGGGCAGCGCAGGGCGGACAUCGGGAGAUUGUGGAGCUUCUCCUUAAAAAAGGAUCACCUCCUAACGAGGUGGACAGGGGCGGCAAAACGCCACUUUUCAGAGCUGUAACGAACGGUACAGCCGCCGUGGUGGAAAUCUUGAUCAGUCACGAUGCAAAUGUUAAUGGCGAAGACACGGAUGGGCCAACGCCAUUGUCACAAGCAUUGAUGAAUUGUCAUGAGGAGGUGGCCAAUAUACUGACCAAGAAGGGGGCCAAAGUCAAUACAGUUGUUAAUCGCGGCUGGACACCGCUCUUACUAGCUUUGAAAAACAAUUACAAGGCCUUGUCCAUUCUCUUGAUCGAAAGAGGCGCAAACAUCAAGUCUGCAAAUGCCCACGGCUGGACUCCGCUGUUGAUGGCCUUGAGGGGUGGCUCACUAGUACUGAUAGAUCUGCUAGUGAAGCUGGGGGCAGACAUCAACCUUUCAGAUCAAUUUGGGUGGACGCCGAUAUCUCUAGCAGCUGUGAAUGGCCAUCAGCCAGCGGUCGAGCUCCUCAUCGAACACCGGGCCGAAAUCAACACCUCUGACCAAGAAGGCCGCACGCCACUGUUGUUUGCACUACAAAGGGGCCACGAGCCCAUUGCGAGGAUACUCAUGCAGCAUGGGGCGGAUGUCACUUGUAAGAACUCAUUGCCACUUGUGCUCGCCUCCAAAAAAGGCUUCUAUGAGCUUGCAACCCUCAUGAUUCGGCAAGGUGCCGACGUGAACACCGAGACUAGCAGUGGCUCAACACCUCUCCUCAUGGCUAUAGAACGAAACGAUGAGAAGAUGGUGAAGCUUUUGAUCCAAUCAGGAGCGCGAGUGAAUUUCUCGACACCAUCCAGCUGGCCACCUUUGUGUGUAGCUUCACAACUCGGCUUUUGGCAAAUGAUACAUAUUUUGGUAGAGAAUGGAGCACAGAUAAACGCGGCCACCACAUUGGGCUGGACACCACUGCGCUUAGCCUCAAGAAUCGGGCAUGAGGAAGCAGUCAGACUUCUAAUCUGCCACGGGGCAGAUAUUGUUGCUCGCGGUGAGGAUGGCUCAACCCCUCUGUCGGAGGCCAUGAAGUCUGGUCACAGGACUGUAGCCAAGCUACUGUUAGAAGAGGAGAAGAGGAAAAGAGUUAGCAUAGCGGGUUUGUUAAACAUAAUCGAUUCAUAA